AUGUCCAACACUACCAUAAACAGUCAUAACUUGUAUGAUAUAUCACUCAAUACAAGAAAACUGUCAUGUCCAUCAGUUCCACCGCCUCCGUCAAAGAUGGGUGGUGGUGGUGGUACGUGCCCAACUCCUAAAAGAGUUGCUUCAAGGACUUCCUUACCUACAUUGAAUGAACACAUUGCUUCUGUUCCAAAUAUACCGAAGAGGCCUGGUGAUUACUACAUUCAAAAGAUAAAUUCCAAGUCUUCAUUAAACUUGAACAAAAGUCAACCACUUCCUAAUCCUGCACCAUCAUCAGCAUCAGCUACAUCACUUCCAACCAACAAUAGAAGAAGAAUGUCUCAAGACUCGCUCAUGUCUGUGCAAUCUUCUUCCUCUUCCUUUGAAGAUCAUUCCCUGAUCGUGUCGUCACCGUUUGAUGCACCUGUUGCAAGUACAAGUUCGGCUAUUACUUCGAGCACUACACAAUCUCAACAUAACCAUGGGUCUCAGCCACCAUUACCAACAGACUCUAGGUUAAGCUCAAUGACUUCCUCAUCAUCAACAACAGCUUUUGAAUCAAAGGUUUCUUUAGUUGACAAUGACUCAACGAUAUCUUUAGCCAAAACACCCUCAAAUUUCAAACCACGAGCUUUAAAAGCUGCUUCAACAACCAAUGUAUUGAAAACUUUCCCAGUGCCACAACCUCCACCAAAGAAGGAACGGUCAAAAUCAGUCACCACAGUUCCAACUUUGAAUCGUAGCAAGUCGAAAUUCUUGAGCUCACAAGAAAGCAAGGAACGUCAGAUGUUGAGAAAGAAGAAAUAUGAAGAGAAUGACCACGAUGAAGAAAUUUUAUCAACCGAUUUGGAUAGUUUGAUUUUCAAUGUUCCUGUGAUUAAAAAUAAUGAACUAUACUCGUUACAAAAGGGCAGUAGUACUAACCUUGGUAAAUCAAAGUCGAGAUCAAAUUCGGGCUCAUCAAGCACAGUAACUAUACUAUCGAGAAAUGACUUGGUGGGAGAUGACAAUGACAAGUACAAUAUUCGACCAUGUCCAUUGCCAGGAAAGUUGAGCACCACUAAUUUGCCAACGGUUCAUGCAAACAAUGAAGACAGUAUAAUAGAAGAAGAUGAAUCUACUUUUGACGACGAUUCGGAAAUCACUGCCAACAUUUCCGAUUUUUACUCCCAAAAGAGUGCCUCGGUUUCAAAAUUGAUUAAAAUGACAAGAGAACAGAACUUGAUGUACAAGUUGCCAUCAUUUAUCAAAUCGCAAUCGUCAUUGGAAGAUUUGCAUUUGAUUUCACCCGAAAAAUUGAAUUUUCUCGAUCAAACUAGACCAAUAAAUUUGCCCCCAAAAUCAUCAGUUGACAUCACAAAGCACAAUAGAGAAUUUACCAAAAGUCUAAGUCUGUUUGAAACCAUAGUUAAAACUCAGCAUGACUCAAGGAUCAAGACUGUACAAACAGCUCUACUUCAUCAACAACAAUGGAUCAAAAAUCUAGAUUCUUUAAUGGAUUUGGAUACCAAGCAAUUUAACAAAAAAUUUACUAGUGAAAAGAAUCAAUUGAGAAAACUAGCCUGGGAUUGCAACGUUCCUGCAAGCCUCGCAUUUCAAUUCUUGCUCAAAAUCUUGUCGAAUAAUUACUCGUCGCAGGAUUCAAUAAACACAAUUCGUAACCUGUUUGAAUUGUUUGAUCAAAAAUUGCAAGGAUUAACUGAGGUGAUGAAACAAAGCAAAAAUCGUGAAUUCAACAAAAUCAUGGACUCGGUUUUAUCUAAGCCAUUGAUUGCCAGUUCAGGGGUAGAUAUGAGUCAGUUUCAAACUAAUUUCAUUCACCUUUUGUACAUUAAAAGUAUGAGUGAAACAGGAUUAUCGGAAAAGGAUCACUCAACAAUACCCAUCAUUCUAGUCAUGUUCCCCCACCAAUCAGUGAUUGACAUAUAUUGCUUAUUAGAAUUGAUCAACCAAGAAAUUUUCAAUCGUGAAUUCACUAGCAGUUACAAAGCACCUUCGGGGGAAACAAGUGAAUUAACAUUCAAUGACACGUUUAGAUUAAUGCUUCAAUUUAAUGAUUCAUUACCCUUAUCAUUAUCAGCACCAUCUACUCCGAUCGUUGACCAAGGUAAAUUUGAGCCACUUGAUGAUAAUGCCAAAGAUCAAGAUCAAGAUCAGAAUGGAACCAAUUUUGUUCACACGUCAGCAAGCAUUGAAAUUGUCACUAAAUUAUUAACAUUACUCGUUGUCAAUUCACAAUCAACCAAGACUAAAUUAAAAAAUAACCUGAAAUUGAUCAAACUGUUUAUCAAGACUAUUUUCAUCAAUUUCCAUAUUGGAUGGAAUUCAUAUGAUGAAUUAGUCAAAAUGAAUAAAUCAAUUCGAAUUAACAAUUGUUCUGAUCAACGAUUAAAUUUAGAGAAAUUUGUUGCCAGAUGGACAUCAAAUCAUUUUGGAUAA